UGCAGAAAGAUCCAUGUCCAAUUAGGAAAUUACCCUACAUCCCUACAAAACAAUAGCUCCUCGGAUCCUCGCCACGCCAUGGACGCCGUCGCCGGGUCGCCGCCGUGCCCCUCUCGGCCGCGGCGGCCGCUGCGCAUCGUGAUCUGCCCGUGGCUGGCGUUCGGCCACAUGCUCCCGUACCUGGAGCUCGCCGAGCGCCUGGCGUCGCGCGGCCACCGCGUCUCCUUCGUCUCCACGCCGCGCAACCUCGCGCGCCUCCCCCCGCGGCGGCACGUCAUCGACCUCGUCGCGCUCUCGCUCCCGCGCGUCGAGGGCCUCCCUGACGGCGCCGAGUGCACCAACGACGUCCCCGGCGACAAGCUCGGGCCCCUCUUCGAUGCCUUCGACGGCCUCGCCGCGCCCUUCACGGAGUACCUCUCCGGCGGCGGCGAGAGGCCGGACUGGGUCCUCGCCGACACGCUAACCCACUGGGCCUCGACCGUGGCCUCCGAGCACGGGGUGCCGUGCGCGAUGCUCCAGCCGAGCGCGGCGAUGAUCGCCGCCCACGGCUGCGGCGCGUCGGAACGCGCAGAGCUCGCCGCCGCCUCCGUGUUCGAGCAGCUGGUCGCCGUAGAUCGGCGGGACGCCGCCAUGCCACGCUUCGAGUGGGAGAGUAUGGCGGCGUUUUCCGCCCCCUUCGGCGCGUCGGGCAUGUCCAUCCUCCGGCGCGGAUCGCUGACGCUCGAGCGAUGCACGAUCGCGGCCAUCCGGAGCUGCCCGGAGUGGGAGCUCGAGGCGUUCCCGCUGGCGGCGAAGCUCCUCGGAAAGCCGCUGGUCCCGCUCGGCCUCCUGCCGCCGUCACCUGACGGCAGCCGCGCCGCCGGCGUGCACGUGGACGACGCCGCCGUGCGGUGGCUGGACGCGCAGCCGCCCAAGUCCGUCGUGUACUUGGCGCUGGGGAGUGAGGUGCCGCUGCCGGUCAAGCUGGUGCACGAGCUUGCUCUUGGGCUGGAGCUCGCCGGGACACGCUUCCUCUGGGCUCUGAGGAAGCCCAGCGGCGUCGACGCAGCCGACGUCCUCCCACCCGGCUUCGAGGAGCGCACCCAUGGCCACGGACUGGUGACCAUGGGGUGGGUCCCUCAGAUCACCAUACUGGAACACGGUGCCAUUGGCGCAUUCUUGACGCAUUGCGGCCGGAGCUCACUUAUCGAAGGGCUUCUACAUGGGCAUCCUCUGAUCAUGCUGCCCAUCGCCACCGAUCAAGGGUCCAAUGCGCGACUCAUGGAGAGGAGGAAGGUAGGGCUGCAGGUGCCAAGGGAUGAGGACGAUGGGUCCUUUGACCGCCAUGGCGUUGCCAGCGCAGUUCGGGCCGUCAUGGUAGACGAAGAUACCAGGAGGGUGUUCGUAGCAAAUGCUGUGAAGAUGCAAGAGAUUGUAGCCGAUAAGGAGCUCCACGAGAGGUACAUCGAUGAAUUUGUGCAGCAGCUUAGAUCUUACAUCACUGAUGGAGACUCCUCUACUGCUAGCUGCCGCCCCACCUCCAGCUGAAACUUAAUCUUGCCAGGUUUUAUGUGCCACUUUAGAGUUUUUAAACUUUGUUAGUGGUUGUUGCCAAUACACGCUAGAUGCAAAGGUUAUGUAUUGAAUAAAUAGUUGUUUUAAUUUA